UAAAAAAACAGGCUCGAUAUACGAGCUAUAGUUGAAUCAAUCAGCAGGUGCAGCUCGCUACGUACGUAUCAAUCACAAGGGAGGGGCCAAAACCAAAACCCUCGUCUCCACCACCGACCAUGAUGCUGCCCGAUGAUCUUCUCGAGGAGAUCUUCCUCCGCCUCCCGCCGGGCGAGCCCGCGUGCCUCGUGCGCGCCUACCUUGCCAGCAAGUUCUGGCUCGGCCUCCUAUCCGGCGCUCGAUUCCACAGCCGCUACCGGGAGUUUCAUGGUGCUCCCCCCAUGCUGGGCUUCGUUUAUGCCUUGUCCUCGUACACCCAGACGAAGGUGGACAAACCCAUCCCACGCUUUGUCUCCACCACGGAAUUCGCCGCCCGCGUUCCCGAUGACGACUUGGCCAUGGCCGCGUUGACCACGGACUAUAUUGCAUUGGACUGCCACCAUGGCCGCGUUCUACUCGGCGAUCGUAAACACAAUCCGCUUGUCGUUUGGGACCCCAUGGCAGGCUGCCUGACGAAGAUGCAAGCACUCAAAGGACAAAGCAGAACCAGUGCGGCCGCGGUGCUCUGUGCCGUGACCGGCUGUGACCAUUGCGCCUGUCACCACGGCCCAUUCCAGGUUUUCUUCUUCGGCAUGAGCGUUCAUGGUGCUCAUUGUGUUAUACACCUCUCUGUGUUCUCGUCGGAGACACUUGGCUGGAGCGAGCCCCAGACAUGCCUUGGUCUUGAUCUUGACGAUGCUGCAUUCAUCAAGCCAGCGCCCUCUGUCGCCAUCCAAGGCGCACUUUACUUCAUGCAAGGGAGUUUUGAAGAUGAUCACAUAACAGGAUUUCUGAAGUACGGCUUGGGCUCUAAUUGCUUAUCGCUGAUUGAUGCGCCGCCGAUGAGGGGAUCUCUCAUUAUUGGUGCCAAUACUCUCAUGGCUAUGGAGGACGACAGUUUGGGUUUUGCACAAGUGAAAAGGUUAACCAUCUACCUGUGGUCAAGGCAUAUGGGUUCCGAUGGAGUUGCAUCAUGGACUCAGCCUAGAAUCAUUGAUCUCAAGAACCUUCUACCCAUUCAGAAUCCUAGUGGAAGAAUUAAACUGAUUGGAUCUCUGGAGGGUAGUGAUAUCAUUUUCGUGACCACAGACCUUGGCAUCUAUGAGCUUAAUCUAAAGUCGCUACACUGGAAGAAGCUAUGGGGAAAGAAAGAUGUUUGGUGUUUGUUUCCGUGCAUGAGUUUCCCCAGUCCACAAGAAAGGAUGAUUUCUUGUGAUGCGGCUCAUUGACGUUGUACGGUUGAAUAUGAAGGGCAGGAGGCCAUUGUCAUCAAACAGAAAAGAUGACUACUAGGAGGCGAGAUGGUCUUGUGAUGAAUUAUAAAGUAUCUAGUAGCUGGUUUGGUGCAAUGGUGCUUGUAUUCUCUUAGUGCUGGUAGCCUUUGUCAGUAAUCUUAAUAACAUAAGUGGGUGAAUGGAUCGGAUUAUAUUUGUUUUGAACCUCUAAUUUC